AAAACUAGAGUUUUAUCUCCACCUCGCCCUUCAAGAGGCAAACUAACCCCGGGGAGAGGAGGAAGUAGGCGGGCUCUGAGCCCGGGGGAGCCUCCAGCUGCUCUGCCAUUGGUUUUAAGCGCGUCCGCGGUAUGGUUUAAAUGUCUGGCGGUGACACUUUGCAGGUUAAGUUCAGUUUAAAAUGGUGACCAAGAGGAUGCGCUCGGAGUACAUGAAGAAAUUUAAAGACCCCAAAUGGGAGACCUACAGCAGGUGUUAUGAGGAGAUGCUGAAGUACAGGCUGACCCGCAGGCUGCUGGAGCACACACACAACCCCUGGUUCUGGAGCGCCCCCGACAGUGAUUCAGACUCUGGGGGAAGAACCCCCCCUGCUCCCAGUAAUAACCAGGUUCGGGGUGAGAGCAGCAGAGACAGGCCGGAGGCUGCAGAGCUGGAGGAGUGUGAGGGGGCGAGGAUGGACCGGCAGCUGGAGCAGCAGAGCAGAGUCCCGGGGUCUGUACCCAGGCUUCUCCUUCCAGAGGAGGAUUUGUCUGCAGUGAAUGGCUCACUGCUUGAAAGUGCCAGAGAGUCAGAAGUACCAGAGGAAGAGAGAGAGGAGCAGACUCACAGGGAACAAGACAGAGAGAGAGUCAAUGGAGGACCCCGACCACAGCAGAGUAAACUCUCCAAAUCCUCAAAGCAAAUAUGGCGCUCCCACCGCGUCAGGCCUGCACCAACACGGCAGCCCAGGGACGACAGUAAGGAGCGCAGACAUCCUUUCGCUCUGUACGGUUCAGGAGAGAAGGAUGCAGACAUGGCAAGCAGGAAGACACACAAUGUUGGCCCUGAAGCUUCGACUACUGAGAUCCAUGAGUCGGCUCUUCGUGCUAAGACCAGGCGGAAGGUGGAGCGUCAGAUCCAGACCCAGGGGACCGAGCGCCGGAGAGCCAAGUCUGCCAAUCUGGACAAGGCCACCAAGUCGGUUCAACCAGAAUUCAACCCCUGGCUCACCGAGUACAUGCGCUGCUUCUCUGCUCGCUCCCGAUAGGACAUGCACACACGCACACACACACACACGCACACACACACACACACACACACACGCAGCAGAACUACUUACAUCAGGGUGAUUCUACACAAAGAUAGAGCCAUUAUUGCCUACCACCCCUGAAGUUUAAAUACCAAUAGAUGUAGAAUAGAAUGAAUCACAUUCAGGAUGUAAACUUCCCUGUGUGUCUUAUUCCCCCAGAUGUGUACUAUCAAGUUUUUUUAAUAAAUCAAUUUUAAUAUACAUAAUAAGAACCAUUUACAGGGUAUGAGAGACUCUUAAAAUAAACUUUUUAAUCUACCAUAUACAGAUAUUUUGAAUAGGAUGAAAAGUCUAAAAUGCAUUUGAAAGCCAAAAGUCUCUUUAAACGCAGGCGAUAUCAAACGUGUAAAUGUUUUUUGUACAGGAAUAUCAAACCACAGUGGACUCACACAGGAGCAAUGAAGGUACAUGGUAGCGUCUCUGAAUAGAUUCAGUAACAUUUAAACAAACACUUCUGAGAAUGUACUUAUUGUGUACACGUAUAGACAAAACCAAACGCACAGUCCAAUGCUUUCCCAGGUGUAUGCAGCUUAUUGAUUGACUCACAGAAGCAUGUUCGUUAAAGAGUUUCACAGAUUUACAUUUUCAGAUCACUUGCUGUUGGGUUGAAGGUUUGUGUAAAGGUUUGAUCCUGACACUCUGUACUCACGGUCAAACUCUGUAAGUACAGUUGUGUGAUGUGGCACAUUUUCUCAUGAGCUUUUCUACGCGUCAUAAUGUUAUUCACUGUUAUUCAUAACAACAUUUUGUUCUUUAGUUGUAUUAUUGUGUGCGUGUACGUAUCGACCCGGUGCUGUUACUGUGUGAAAAUAGAUGUUUAAAGGUUUAAAGCCAUUGAAUGACUGUGAACAGUGUGUUUCUGUGUGGUCCUGCAGUGUUUAUGUCAUACAUUCACUGGUCAUGGGAUGAAUGUAAUAUUAAAAACAACAUCCAGCUCAUUUAGGUUAUUUUCAAAGCAUAACACUCGGUUGUUGAGACCAAAUGUAUUUAACAUUACUGUUACUGAAUAUGCUUUAGAACCAAACGUUGAACCACGACCACAACGGACAUUAAGCUGAUGCCUAAAUGACCGUAAGUCAGAAAUGCAUGAGUGUAAAUGAUGCACUGCUCGAAAGCAGGACCAAAUCAAACAGCACUUUGAUAAUCACCUUUCUGAAUUAAUAUUUGUACAGAAUAUCUUGCUACCGAUUUAGGUUUUCAUGUUAUUUGUUCAUGUCUUGAAUUUCUGUAUAUUUGUUUGUAUGAGUGUAUUUGUAUGUGUGUAUCAUUAGCACAAUGUUAUUUGUACUUUGUGUGAUGGAUCUGGUCUUUUCAUCAUCAGAAACAAGAGGAAUCAGAUCGUUCUUGGUUCACUCGUGUCAGUAAUCAUGAUCAAAUCAGCUCUGUGCCAUAAAGCCUUGAAUCCUGUGCACAACUCUAGUUAUUCAUGUUAAUAUUGUGCAGAAAACAGGAUGGGAGGCCUGUGCUUUACUUUUGAUGUUUUCUCUUCAUAUUUUGUUCUUGCAACUCACUCACUUACUCUUGUAAUGAUUGUUUUUUCAGUGUUUUUAAGUGAAACUGUAAUAUAGCUCAGACAAAAGAUGUGACAUUUUGUGCAAUAUAACGAUACUUCUACAACCAGUUUGUUUAUUUUUUAGA